AUGGCUAAAAAGGGUAAGGCUAGUAGCAAACCAGCUACUCCUGUAGUAGAAGAACCAAAGGGGAAAGGUAAAAAGGGCAAAAAGAAAGAGCAAGAUGAGGAUACUGCUGCAAAUAAAAACAAGCAACAACAAAAUAGAGCAAAGGUUACUUCUACUACAAAUUGGACUGGUAAAUUACCACAUACAUUAUUACAUGAAUUAUGUCAAAAAAGGAAAUGGAAUAAAGUCGAAUAUGAUAUGAAAAAAAUAGGUGAUAAAGGUAUGUUAGCAAUUGCGGUAUUAUCAUGGACAGAUCCGAAAUCAAAGGAAGUUAUAUCGAUUAGGAUGAAUGAUCCGACCUAUGAUAAAGUUUCAGGUAAAGGUCUCUAUAUUCCACAGGAGACUCCGAUGGAAGCUAGACAUAUUGCGGCAACCAUCGCCCUUUAUAGAAUUGCGUACAAUACAAAUAUGCAAAUGAUGCUACCGCCAAAUCAUAAAAACUUAUGGUAUGAUUUAUCAGAUUUUAAAAAGUCGCUAAAUGGGACAGAUCCAAAAAAAUGCGAUAAAAUAUUCGAUGUGGAUCCAUUCAAAACUUUUGUAGAAGAUAGAAAGCAAAAAGAACAACAAGACAAAGAACGGAAUGCAAGAUUUCAACAGGCUGAAAAAGAACAAAAAAAAUCGGUAAUUCUUUCUACAAAUUCAAAUAAGAAGGAAAAAUCGCCUAUACAUAAGAAGGAACGUUUAGAAAAUAAGAGUAAUGAUUCUUUGGUUAGUUUUCCAAGAAAGGUAUGGGAUAAUGCCACUUUUAUAGAUUUGAGUGAGUCGGCAAGACAAAUAAUUGAAUCAAACUUGAAAUUACAUAUUGAUUGGAAGAGUAAAGUUCACAAACCUAAUGAAAAAUCUAAGUCAGAAAUUAGGGAAGCGCUGAGAUCAAAAUUAAUAGAAUUCAAUUUUAGAGAACCACAUGUUGAUGAGGCCAUGAAUUAUAAGGAUCCCCUUUCUUUUUUGCUUGUCAAUUUGCCUGAAGACGAUUUACCACCCUUUUUCCAUAAACGCAAAGAAGAUUCUAAUAACGUUGUUGAAAUUUCAACUUUACCUUUAAGUACAAGAAACAUGGUGGAAAGAUUAACUGAAAGUGGUAUCUCUAAAGAUGAAGCACUUUAUGCGUUAGGAAAAUCUCAAAUGAACGAACCUGAAGCUGCCGGAUUAAUAACACAAAAUAUACUACCAUCUUUAGUAACUGAUGAAGGUGCUAGAGUUUCAGAAGAUGAAUCACAUUCUAUCUGGAAAGAUGAAUUGGAUAGUUUGCAGAGUAUAUAUAGCGAAAAUAUUACAGUUUUAGACGCCAACUCAUGCUACACAAUGACCAUAAUAGAGAAAUUCAAUUUAAAAUUGAAAGUUUAUAAAACUAAACAUUAUCCUUCCACAUUGCCAGGAAUUAUUGUUUCAACUUUCGACAAAAGUUUGACUUUACCAAAUUACAUUAAACAUCAAAUUUUGUCAAAAUUAUUGAAUUAUAUUGAUGAAUACAAGCUACUCAAUGAUAUGAUGAUAUACACUAUUUUUGAAUGGCUUCAAGAAAAUAUUAGCAAAAUUAUAGAUAACCCCGGCCCAUUGUUAUCGGAAGACGAAUUUAGGAAUUCAAGAGGGAUAACUUCCGUUAUAGAUCAAUCCAAAAGUAAUUCAUAUAAUCGGAAGAAUAAAUCGAAUAAUGGAGUUAACCUAACAGCAGGAGAAAUAGAAGACUUAAACAAGAAGUACGCCAAAAGAAUCAAGUCAGAUGAAUAUAAUAUGAUGCUUAUAAAUAGAAAAAACCUUCCUGCCUGGAAAAUUCAAAGGAAUAUUGUCGAUUUAGUCUUCAGCAAUGACGUAGUUCUUAUUACAGGUGAAACAGGUUCAGGUAAAUCUACUCAAGUAGUACAAUUCUUACUAGACCAUUUAAUCAACACUCAUAAUGACUAUAACAAAACCAAAAUUAUUUGCACACAGCCUAGAAGAAUUUCAGCUAUUGGUUUAGCUGAUCGUGUUGCCGACGAAAGAUGUGUUAAAGUUGGCGAUGAAGUCGGCUAUGUAAUCAGAGGUGUCAAUAAGACUAAUGAAAACACUCGUAUACGUUUUAUGACCACUGGUGUGCUAGUGAGAAUAUUACAAUCUGAUAAAAGCUUCUUAAACAAUUCCAUUGUUGUUAUCGAUGAAGUACAUGAGAGGUCAAUAGAUACCGAUUUAAUUAUAAUUCUGUUGAACAACCUUAUAGGCAAGAUACCAGGCCUCAAGAUUGUACUGAUGAGUGCUACUGUAGAUAUCAAAGUUUUCAGUACAUACUUUAAGAAUCUUAAAACAUGCCAUAUUGAAGGUAGAACAUUUCCAAUCGUUGAUUACUUUUUAGAUGAUAUCCUACCAGCUGUUGACUUUAAGAUUAAGAACAACAUGUUACGUUAUGAUAGCUUUGAAGAUGAGGAUAUUGACAGCCAAGAUGAAUUCAUAAGACCUGGUCCAAAUUCACGAUUUUUUAAAUCUGGCCAAAUAAAUUAUGAUUUAAUAACCGAUGUCGUGGAUCAUAUAGAUAGAGAAUUAUCAGCCAAUUCAAAUGAUGGUUCGAUUAUUGUAUUUUUACCAGGUAUUUCUGAAAUCAACAAGUCUUGUAAAAUGCUUUCAAAAAGUAAGUUUGCGGAUUUAUAUGUCAUCCUACCAUUGCAUUCUGCAUUAACUCCCGAAGAUCAAAAAAGGGUAUUCCUAAAAUAUAAAGGAAAACGUAAGAUUGUAGUUUCUACUAAUAUUGCUGAAACAUCAAUUACAAUCGAUGAUUGUGUAGCGGUGGUUGAUACCGGUAGAGCUAAAACCUCAUAUUAUAGUUCUACUGAUAAUACUACUAGAUUAAUUGAAUCGUUUAUAUCCAAAGCUGAGGCAAAGCAACGUAGGGGCCGUUCUGGGAGAGUUCGAGAAGGUAUAUGCUACAGAUUGUUUUCUAAAGAGACAUUUGAAGAUAGUAUGGUAGCCGCUCCUGCGCCAGAGAUAAGAAGAGUUUCAUUGGAGUCAUUAUAUCUUUCUGUCAAAGCAAUGGGAAUCAAAAAUGUCAAAGCGUUCCUGAAAACUGGACUUGAUCCUCCUCCUCUAAAGUCUUUAGAAAAAGCCGAAAGAAUGUUAACAACAGUUGGUUUAUUGAAUAAUGAAGAUGGAUCUCUUUCUCAAUUGGGCCAAUUCAUUAGUUUGAUGCCAGUUAUCGAUUGUAAACAUGGGAAAUUACUAAUUUAUAGUAUUAUUUUUGGCUGUACUGAUAUCGGUAUUUUAAUCGCAUCUCUAUUAGGUGCCAAUUCUAUGCCUUUCAUUGGCGGUGCAGAAAAUCGUGAUGAAAUUAAAAGGAUACUUGCUAAGAGGGAUGAUAUUGGUGAUCUAUUGAGCAUGGUUUAUAUUUUAGAACAAUAUUAUGCAUUAUGUGAUAGCACCAGCAAAAGGAGUUUCAUGAAAGAAAAUAUGUUGUCCUAUAAUAAAAUCAAAGAAAUAUCAUCUAACAGAACUCAACUUUAUUCAAUUCUAAAAGAUGUAGGAUUUUUACCUAUGGAUUAUCAAUGUGGAUCUUCAGAAUAUUUGAAUAGAAACAGAAAUAAUAUUGAUAUUUUGAAGUGCAUUUUAACGGGCGCUUUUUAUCCACAUAUUGCCAGAGUUCAGCUUCCUGAUGCUAAAUUUGCAGCCACAAGUGUUGGUGCUAUUCAAAAAGACCCUGAAGCUAAUCUAAUUAAAUUCUGGAUAAGAAAUGAAGAAUACAUCGACAAUUUACAAAACUUGAAAAAAGAGAUGACAAAUAAGGAGAUUACCCGAGAAGAAAUCAACGCCUUGCCGUUGCCUCUAACCAGAGCUUUUAUUCACCCAUCUUCUGUUUUGUUUUCUAAACGUCCAGUAAAUCAAGAGGAUAUGAUAUCUCUGAAUGAGAUAGAUCAACCAUUAAAUACUCAAAUUAACGCUCCAAAAAUCUCCAAGUCGCCAUUUAUUAUUUAUAAUUCUUCUCAACAAACAACAAAGUUGUAUCUAAAAGAUAUCACACCUGUUUCUACGUUGUCACUGUUAUUAUUUGGUGGUCCAAUCAGUUAUGAUGUUAACAAUAGGAAUUAUUCACCAGGGGUUGUUGUUGAUGAGUGGCUUCCAAUCAGAACAUGGUGUAAGAAUGGUGUUCUAAUCAAUGAAUUAAGAAGUUUAUUGGAUGAAUCUAUUAAAUGCAAGCUGGAUAUACCAAAUUAUUCCAGAAAGUCCAUGUCAAUCUCAAAAGAUAAAUCUUUUAAUGAAAAGGCAGAUGAAAUACUACAAAUUGUAGAACAUUUAAUAACAGUAGGAUAA